GUCAAGAUUUUUGGGUCGGUCGCAUAGGGCAAUACAACAUCCUUCUUUUUUGUAGGCCUAACGAAGUAAGUUAGUUCUAAACCAUUUUAUGUAAAUGUAUAGAGGAAGCGCGUUAUAUUAUACAAGCAGGAUAUACAUCCACAGCACAGGUUAUAAUCCUAUACGGUAUUAAGAGAUUACCUUCCCUCGUCACACAUGGACGAGUUAAAAUAUACGACAAAAGGUGCAUUUCGGUUCACAAGAAUUAAGUACGACUAAAUCUCGACCCUUCAAGAAUGAAGACAAUAAACAAUUAAGUACCCUAAAUCUCGGCCCUUCAAGAUGAAGACAGUAAACAACACUGACACUUACUAAAGCCCUUGUCCAUGUUAAUCUUAUACAGUAAGGAAGCGAGGAGUUGUUAUGUUCUUAAAUGAAAUGUUUAAGUAGGCAAAGAACAUAAAAGAGAAGCAGAGAUAUCUCCACAUGGAGCAAGCAAGUAACGUGGAUUUGUAGUGGCUUCAUUAGUAAAGCCAUGUAGGUUAAAUGGAUAUUACUCGAGACCUGAAAUGCCUUGACGAGGGGAAGAUUACUUUAUACUCGAUCAGGCUAUAUACAUUUGAAUAGUCGUUGGUGAUAGUAAUUAGAACUUCCUGAGUGCUCCGGGGUCUGGAUUCAUCUGAAGUUCAACAACCACCCUUCAGCUUGGAUAUCUAAAGAAUCGAAUGAAGGUUACAUGCUACGUGGAUGGGUGACACAAAGUGGUGCAGACAGUUAAAGAAACUGCUUGCAAAGUCGAUCAUCUUUAUAUAGUCUCGGAGUUACGAAGCAAAUAAUUACGCGGUAAUACUUUAAGAGGACAAAUAGAAGCUCCAACGAUUAAGCUGCAUCGUACCAUUUCCACCAUUGUCCAGCCAUUCUGUGACACCCUGUGAUACCCUCAUUUCGAAGAGGAUUUGAUGAGGAUAUUCGUUGAAUAAUCACGACUUCAGAGAGCUUGAGCUACGAUUGAGCAGAACCAUUUUGAUUCUAUUUUUUGAUAACGAGCGCCACGCUAUCUUCUAGUAUCUGCUUUCUCGGUGCAACUAACACCAUUUGGGCUUGAAUAUUCGUUGAUACAACAUUUGGGUGUUUUGGUCGUCUGAAACGUGCAUGGCUACUGUCAACAAAUAUUUCUUGGCAAUAAAAUAACAUUUUAGCUUUCAAUAAAUGCUUCUGAUAACUUUUGUUGUUCUGUUAUCGGAACAUUUUUAGCUGAAGGAACGUGAUUGUUUUUCGCAGCAUUUGUGAAGUAGCAAGUAAAGGACAGACCAUGUGUACCAUACGAUAAAUUCAUGUUUGCAUGACCACUGCUAUUUGCUAUUUUAGAUUUACAUGGAAUAACUUCACCAUUUUAAGUUGUUUUUAUCUUCAUUCUGAGAAACAUAGUACAUUGAACAUGUCUGCGUUGAUUUCUCGGUAAAUUAUCCAUGCUUACGCGUUACUCUAUGAGAUGAAAGGAAUUGUUUAUUGGUGAGACAUUGGACAGACUCGUACGAUGGGAGUCGUAAUCUCUAAAACAUUUGGAGUUCCAUUUACGAUCACUGUAAAGACUGGUGAUCGUAAAGGAGCUGGUACGGACGCUAACGUCGUCAUCGCCCUCUGCGAUGAGGAAGGUCGACGAUCAAAUGACCUCUAUCUUGAUUCCCUCUUCAGAGACGACUUCGAGAGCGGUGGAAGAGACCGUUUCCUUAAGAUAUCUGGCGUGGUCGACUUCGGGACGUUAUCACACAUUGAACUAUGGCGAGAUUCAAAGGGAUUGUUCGAUGAUUGGUUCUGUGAUGUCAUCGAGGUGAUUAACAUGAAAACAAAAGAGAGACAUGUCUUUCCUGUACAUCGAUGGAUACCAGCCAACCGAAAAUUCAAAUUAAGACCCUUCGAUAUGAUUCUUCCCCAGAGGGAUGAAAUGUUACAUUUGAGGGAAGAAGAAUUGAAGAGUAAGAAAGAAUUGUACAAACUGACACACAACAUGGCCAUUCCACAGGUAAAAUCGUUCCCCAAAGACGAGUCCUUCUCUAACGACUAUUUGUGGGACCUUGGCAAGAACAUGGUAACACUGACGUUGAAAGCAAAGAUGACACAGGUUCUGACAGGGAAGUGGAAGUCACUCGAAGACAUCACAAAGAUUUAUAAACCACCACUCCUUCCUAUACCUGAGAUAUGUGCACCGACAGCUCUCUUCUAUCUCAACGAUGCUAACUGCCUGAUGCCUGUAGCCAUUCAACUCUUCCCAGAUCCAGCAGACAAUCCAGUGUUUUACCCUACAGACCCAGAGUAUACCUGGUUACUCGCCAAGAUGUACUUUAACAAUGCUGACAGUGCGGUGCAUGAGUCUGCUUCUCAUCUUGGUUUCACACAUGUAGUAGGGGAAGCCAUCGUAGUUGCUACUCAUCAGUGCCUCUCCCCGUCUCAUCCAGUCUUCAGACUCCUAGCGCCACAUUUUCUCUAUCUUAUUGCUAUCAAUAAUAGAGCUAUUGGCCAACUGGUCAGUCCUGGUGGUUAUGUAGACAAGACGAUGGUGAUUGGACGAACAGGGAUGUUUGAGAUCAUCAAACGGACGUGGUGCAACUGGAGAUUAGACGUACAGGGCUCCCUCAUCGGUGACCUUGAAGACAGAGGUGUCUUAGACCCGGAAGUCCUUCCCAACUAUCACUACCGGGAUGAUGCCUUGUUGCUGUGGAAAGCUAUCAAUGACUAUUGUAGAGUCAUCAUAUCCCAGUAUUAUGAUUCUGCCGAGCAGGUGGUAGCCGAUCCUGAGCUCCAAGAAUGGGGGCGGGUCCUUGGCGGCAAGGCAACACACCCGGAUGAAGUCACUGUCAAUAUGAAGGGAGUGCCUAACGGUGGUAAAUUCCUGAAGGUUGAAGAGGUGGUGGACACUGUGACUAACUUUAUGUACAUCUGUAGCGUUGCUCAUGCCAGCGUCAACUUUGGUCAGUAUGAUGAGUAUGCAUACCCCCCGAACUACCCGGCAUGGCUACAUGGUAAACCACCGACUGACAAGACUCCACUGACUGAGAAGGAUAUCAUCGCUCAGCUGCCUGGUAAAGAGGAAACCUUGGAUGCCAUCGUGCUAACUAAGAUCUUGAGUAGUAAGGGCACCAACUCACUCGGGGACUUCGAGGUUCAGUACAUAUAUGAUCCGGAUGGACUUCAAGCCCUCGCAAAAUUCCGCAAAGAUCUUGAGGAGGUUGGACGAAUUAUCGAUAAACGGAACGAAACGCGAGAGGUCAAGUACACCUAUCUUCAUCCGAAAGAUAUUCCGAACUCCAUCAGUAUUUAGCUCUUCAAUAGUCCAUGUUGGCCUGUUCUUGCUUUGCAUUGAUCCAAACUGCAUAACAUAAUUAUAUAUAUAUAUAUAUAU